AUGGAGACGCAGGAGAACACGACAGAAACAAAUCUCGAUAUACAAAUAACUGCAAAAUGUGGACAUAACUUGCAAGGAAAAAAAUCAGGCAGUCUGCUGAGUUUUCUGCAGGUUGCAAUUGAUGGAAACCUGCUGGGAGAGUCAGAUAAGAUGGAAAUCAACCUUUUGGAGCAACGUGUUGACUACAACUUCACGUGCUGCUUCAGUCCACCAAAAGACUCACAAGCUCUAAGUGACGUCUCUCAAAAACCAGUCAUAUUAACGGUAAUGGAGGUCAUGCUGGAGGAGAAGAGAGGUGAGGUCAAAGUGCUGGCAAUAGGCCAAGCUGUGCUCGAUCUGCUGCCACUUCUGCAAGGUGUGUGCAGCUUUUCGUCCACAAUACCAGUCCAUCCUGUAAAUGGCACCGGGCUCAAGGACUCUUACCUUGGCUUCACCCGGAAGCAGCCAACCCUGGAUGUAUGUGUCAGUGUCUUAAGCCCGCUGCUGUCUGAGGCUGAACGUUCAGUCACUAACCUCCUGAAGGUAACUGUGGAAACAGCCUACUCUGUCCCAGAGCCAUGGACGCUGCCAUCAGGCUUCGCUCCCAGUCCCUUCACAUAUGCUGCUGCCAUGAGCGUCCCUCUCACUGCAGAGGAAGACCAGGUUUUGAUGUUCUGUGAAGGACAACUGAAGGUAGGAGGACAGAGGGAGGUCAAAGGUCGUCAGAAGAAAAGGCCUUAUCAGGCCUUGUUAGUACCAGGGAACCACUGCCUCCCUGGAACCUCCUUUCAGGCUCAGCCCAUCCAACAGGAGAGCGGGGAGUUAACAGCUUUAGAGGAUCGAACAUUUCGUAAUGAGGCAGAGACCAAAAAGAACAGGGUGAGCUGGGACACAGAGAUGUGCUGCUUCCUGGAUGCAGGAGGAGUUUCAAGGCUGCAGCAGAUGAUCACUGAGAGCAGACUGUGGCCAGUGGAGAUAAUGAGAUCCAUGGUUCCACUUGAAAAGCUUGGGGAUGACAGCGUGGAGAUCCCCUUCCAUGGCUUGGUGUUUGUGGACAUGGGACAGCUGCUGUAUCCUGGAGUCAGUAGAACCCGAGGAGCGUACACCGUUCACCCGUUCUGCAUGACUGAGCUGCUGAACAAGAGAGGGGUCAGUGUGUUAAAGGAGCAGGCUAGAGCAGCAGCCGUCCUGGUCGAAGCUCGAGCCUCCUCUGCUGCUGCUGCACCUCACAAAAAAGCUGGGAAAAAGGUCAAGGAUCCCAAGGAGCCUAAAAAGAGCCGAGCUGAUGACACAGCUGAAAACUUGUCUGACUCUGAGCCUCAGGUCAACACAGAAAGAAAUAUGUAUGCGGAGGCCAGAACUUAUAUUAUCAUCGAAAUAGCUUUGGAUAAACCACUAGUGCCAAAAACAUCUCCAGAGGAGCUGGCCAAAAGGAUGAAGGCCCUGAUCCCACCCAAACCUCAGCACCCAGUGGGUCCAAGCCCAGCAGAAACAGCUGUGCUGGACUUCCACAGGCAGGUGGGCAACGCUGUGGCUGCUGUUUCAGAGCAGUACUAUGAACUGUUUGGAGCCAAAUGCCGUUUGCCAAAAAGGCUAAGUCCAGAGCAAAUGUUGACUGAGCUGAUGGGAGGCCUUAACGUCUCUGGGAGAUAUUUCACCUUCAAGGAGCAGAUAAAGAAUGCAGUGGUUAGAAUGGUUCGUGACAAGUUGUGGCAAACCGAACCAUUCACUGAUCCUGAGAGGCUACAAACAUUUGUGAGCCAACUGUAUGUCAACCUGGUGGAUGAGAUGCAUGUAGCUCUCAACAAAAUUUAUUCAAAUGAUGCUGACAAAGACAGCUGUGAGGAAAUCCCUUUAGAAUCAUCCCAGCUCAUGCAUUUUGCCAGAGAGGCACAACUUCUUGGGAAUUACAAGCUGUCAGCUAAGUACUAUAAAGAGUUAGUGGCGAGGCACCCUGAUGAGCCCUUGCACAAGUUUGAAUGGGGCAGCCUGAACAUGUUGAUGGGAGACUACAUGAAAGCUGAAGAGUGUUUCCGUGACGCUGUGUCCACCCAACAACUGCACCAACCCAGUCUGAUCAUGUGUGGAGUUUUGGCGAUGAUGUUUGAACGUUACAAAGAUGCCCAGACCUGUCUGGAACGAGCCGCCAGCAUAGACCCACCCAGUGUACCGGCCUGGACGCUGCUGGGUUUGCUUCACGAGAGAAAAAAUGAACCGAUCCUGGCUGAGAGGGUUUUUUCAAUGGCCAAUAAGAUGCUUGGGGAAGACGAGGUGAACAACAAACCUCACACAGAGGAGGAGAAAGACCGUGAGCAAAACUUCAAGGAGGAGAAGGACCUGCAGGACGAAGGGGAGACAGCUGUCUCAGCACAUUCUCAACCAGCUGAGCAAGACCCAGAGUUUGUGGGCAGAGACCCAGAGGAGUACCAAGAGCCUUCAGCACAAGAUGACAUCUCCACAUCAACUCCAGCUGAACCCACCUGUACCAUUUUCACACAGACAGUCCAGUUCCUGCUGCGGAACAAUGCCUUGCAGAUGGCAGAACACGCGUUGUCCCAGGAGCUCCUGUGUUCUAAAGGCAGUCCCAGUGGUUCCUAUCUUCUCAAUCUGGCCCAGCUGCAGCUGCUCAAAGGCGACUACUGCAGUGCUGCUGCAGGCCUCAAACAAGUCCUGUUUCACAGAGAUCAGGAUCCAGAUGCCUGGGCAGUGAACGGUCACUGUCACUACCUGCAGGGUGCAUUUACUGAAGCCCGGGAGAGCUACGAGUGGAGUCUCGUCUUUCCACAGCUGCCAUUGGACUCUCAUAUCGUUCUGCUCCGUCUGGGAUCCAUCUAUCGUCUGGAGAAAAAGUUUGAGCGAGCCAAAGAUGUCUACCUGCAGGCUUGUGAGCAGUCUCCAUCAUGUCUGGCCUGGCUGGGCCUGGGAGCAGCCUGUUAUCGGCUGGAGGAGCUGUCUGAAGCUGAGGAAGCUUUAACUGUGUCCAACGGUUUGUACGCUGAGAACGCAGAGGUGUGGGCUUACCUGACUCUAAUCUGCCUCAGGACUGGUCGACAAGAAGAGGCUGAGCAAUGUCAUAAAUAUGCAGUAAGGUUAAACCUGCAGGAACCAUCACUCCUCAAAGAGAUUGUUGAACUGAUGGAUCAGCUGCGCUUCCCUCAUCUUCGGUCGUGCUUCGAAACAACUGCAGAAGACAACAGCACUGGAUCCAAGUGA